AUGAAUCAAGAAGAAGCUAUUUUCCGGUCAGCGGACAUGACGUACGUCCAACUGUACAUACCGUUGGAAGUUAUAAGAGAGGUGACUUUCUUGCUAGGGAAAAUGGGUGUCUUUAUGGUGAUGGACCUCAAUAAAGAUUUAACUGCCUUUCAAAGAGGUUAUGUUAACCAGUUGAGGCGUUUCGAUGAAGUGGAAAGGAUGGUGGGCUUUUUGAAUGAGGUGGUAGAAAAGCACGCCGCGGAGACCUGGAAAUAUAUUCUACACAUUGAUGAUGAUGGAAACGACAUUGCUCAACCUGAUAUGCUGGAUCUAAUCAAUACUAUGGAACCUCUAUCGUUAGAGAAUGUUAAUGAAAUGGUGAAAGAAAUCACUGAUUGCGAAUCCCGUGCAAGGCAGUUAGAUGAAUCUUUAGAUAAUCUCAGAAGUAAAUUAAACGAUCUUUUAGAGCAAAGACAGGUAAUAUUCGAAUGCUCAAAAUUUAUUGAAGUCAACCCAGGGAUUGCUGGAAGAGCCACAAAUCCUGAGAUUGAACAAGAAGAAAGGGAUGUGGACGAAUUUAGAAUAACUCCAGAUGAUGUUAGUGAAACAUUGAGCGAUGCUUUUUCUUUUGAUGACGAAACACCGGAGAAUCCAGGCGCCCCGAGGAAUGAUAUCGCUAGAAACCAAUCAGUCGAAGAUCUAAGCUUUUUGGAACAGGGAUACCAGCAUAGAUACAUGAUUACAGGUUCCAUUAGAAGAGCAAAAGUGGACAUAUUGAAUAGAAUUCUGUGGCGGUUAUUGCGUGGUAACCUGAUUUUUCAGAAUUUUCCCAUAAAGGAGCCAUUGUUGGAAGGUAAAGAAAAGGUUGAAAAGGACUGUUUUAUUAUCUUUACUCAUGGUGAAACAUUACUCAAGAAGGUUAAACGUGUCAUAGAUUCUUUGAAUGGUAAAAUAGUCUCUCUGAAUACUCGUUCUAGUGAACUAAUUGACACCUUAAACCAUCAAAUAGACGACUUGCAAAGAAUUUUGGAUACUACCGAACAAACUUUACACACAGAACUGCUUGUUAUACAUGACCAGCUACCAGUAUGGUCUGCCAUGACGAAAAGAGAAAAAUAUGUCUAUACCACGUUGAACAAAUUCCAGCAAGAAUCUCAGGGUCUAAUAGCCGAAGGCUGGGUGCCUUCUACAGAAUUAAUCCAUUUACAAGACUCAUUAAAGGAUUACAUUGAAACGUUGGGUUCUGAAUACAGUACGGUCUUUAAUGUGAUCCUAACCAAUAAAUUACCACCCACAUACCAUAAAACUAAUAAAUUCACUCAGGCGUUCCAAUCGAUUGUGGAUGCAUACGGUAUCGCAACCUAUAAAGAAAUCAAUGCUGGUUUAGCCACAGUUGUCACUUUCCCCUUUAUGUUUGCCAUUAUGUUUGGUGACAUGGGGCAUGGUUUCAUCUUAUUUUUGAUGGCACUAUUUUUGGUGUUAAAUGAGCGUAAAUUUGGAGCAAUGCGCAGAGAUGAAAUUUUUGACAUGGCAUUUACUGGCAGAUAUGUUUUGUUGUUGAUGGGUGCAUUUUCUGUAUAUACAGGAUUGUUGUACAAUGAUAUCUUCUCCAAAUCUAUGACAAUAUUCAAAUCAGGUUGGCAAUGGCCUUCCACUUUUAGAAAAGGCGAAUCUAUUGAGGCAAAGAAAACUGGAGUUUAUCCGUUUGGAUUGGAUUUUGCUUGGCACGGUACAGACAACGGACUGCUUUUUUCCAACUCUUAUAAGAUGAAGCUGUCAAUUCUAAUGGGAUACGCACAUAUGACUUAUUCCUUCAUGUUUUCUUAUAUCAAUUACAGAGCCAAAAACUCAAAAGUGGACAUAAUCGGUAACUUUAUUCCUGGCUUAGUGUUCAUGCAAUCAAUAUUUGGUUAUUUAUCAUGGGCAAUUGUGUACAAAUGGUCCAAGGAUUGGAUUAAGGACAAUAAACCAGCUCCAGGGUUACUGAAUAUGCUAAUAAACAUGUUUUUAGCACCAGGUACCAUUGAUGAGCAAUUAUAUCCCGGACAAGCCAAGUUGCAAGUUGUACUAUUGCUUGCAGCACUGGUUUGUGUUCCGUGGUUAUUACUAUAUAAACCUUUGACAUUAAGAAGGCUAAACAAGAACGGCAGUGGUGGCAGGCCUCACGGAUAUCAAAGUGUCGGCAAUAUUGAGCAUGAGGAACAAAUAGCUCAACAACGACAUUCGGCGGAAGGUUUCCAAGGAAUGAUAAUCAGUGAUGUUGCCAGUGUUGCGGACAGUAUUAAUGAAAGCGUUGGUGGUGAACAUGGGUCUUUUAAUUUCGGCGAUGUCAUGAUUCAUCAAGUAAUCCAUACCAUUGAAUUCUGUUUAAACUGUAUUUCUCACACAGCAUCAUAUCUACGUCUUUGGGCGCUAUCAUUGGCACAUGCGCAACUGUCCAGUGUUUUAUGGGACAUGACCAUAUCAAACGCUUUUAGUUCUAAAAAUUCAGGGUCACCUCUGGCUGUCAUGAAGGUGGUUUUCUUGUUUGCUAUGUGGUUUGUGUUAACCGUUUGUAUCUUAGUUUUCAUGGAAGGUACUUCCGCGAUGUUGCAUGCACUACGUUUGCAUUGGGUGGAGGCAAUGUCCAAAUUUUUUGAAGGUGAAGGAUAUGCGUACGAACCCUUUUCAUUUCGUGCAAUAAUAGAAUAA